UUUGGUCACUCAUGAUUACACGGCUCCGGGCACGGCCUUUGCUUUCAUUUGCUCAGCGAUGCUGCGUAGUCCUUCCGAGUCGUUCAGUACACGCCAUUCAUGGCCGACCUUGCCUCAGACUGGGCCCUGGGCCGCGACUCCCAGCCACGCGACCUUCACUGCUCCAUUCCGUAUAUGCGCGGACAAGGAGCUACUCCGAUGAUUUGAGUAGCAGGCUCGAAACGGAUGGGAUCCCGCUGCGUCAUUCUGGGCCAACAACAGCAGCACUGGUGUCAUAUGCGGAAGGCAACUGGCCCAAACCCGACACCGUCCCGGAAGGAUGGAGCACAUCCUGGAAAGACUGGGAAUACCUCCUCACGUUCUUCGCAUACAGCCCGUACUACUUGCGUCUCCCGCAGAUCGAAAUGCUCGUCAACAUCAAGCACGCGAUUCCGGGCAAUGUGCGGCCCGUGAUGUACUCCAAAGCUCGCGAUGCGAUGAUCUUCCUGGUGGAUAUCUACACAGGCGAGGAAGGAACCGGAGGGACGACCGUCUUUCUUCUCAACUGCAGGACGAAUAAGCUGUUUACAUACCAGCCCGCCGACCGAACCAAGGUGCCGCAAAACGUGAUGGGACUGCUAGAGCUCAUAGCCGGCCUGUCUGACCUCGAGGCUGCACCAAUGAUCCAGCUUGAAGCAGACAAGGAUGGGUCUGCUGUGUUACAGCGCCCGACCACACCGGAGGAGGAGAUGAUGAAUCCAGACGAGGAGCGCAAAGGCAUGUUGAUGAGGCUCGAGGAGGCCAUCGCAAAUGUGCGAGCUUUCAUCGUACAGGCAGAAGCUGAGCUGAGCGUCGAUGAAAUUGAACUGGCCAAGUUGAAAGAGCAGGGCAUGGUGCUGCCUGCGAAGGAGGGAUACCAGCUGGAUGAAAAUGCCCAUGCGCAAUUCCGCCAGUCUUUGGUUGAGGCUAAAGAGAAGCUGGCGGAGUUGGAAAAUUUGCGCGCGGAGCGAUUCUCGUAG